AGUGCUCAGUCCAGAAUUUUUAUCAGGAAUGGUUUGGUUGUCAACGAUGACCAGUCAUUCUAUGCUGAUGUCUAUGUUGAGGAUGGAGUUAUCAAGCAACUGGGAACUAACCUAGUUAUACCGGGAGGAGCGAGAACUAUUGAUGCUCGUGGGAGGUUUGUGCUGCCAGGUGGCAUUGACACACACACACACUUUCAGUUACCCUUCAUGGGUACGGUAGCAGCUGAUGAUUUUUACAGUGGCACAAAGGCGGCGCUUGCAGGUGGCACCACUACAGUCCUUGAUUUUGUGGUCCCUGAGAAAGGAGAGUCUCUGCUGGAUGCCUAUGAGAAAUGGAGAGGUUGGGCAGAUGCAAAAGUGUGCUGUGAUUAUGGUCUCCAUGUUGCAGUGACUUGGUGGAGCGAUCAGGUGGCCAGGGAGAUGGAAGUGCUCAGUUCUGAAAAAGGAGUGAAUUCCUUUAAAGUGUUUAUGGCAUAUAAAGAUACACUGAUGCUAGAAGACCCUGAAAUAUAUAGCUGUUUCAGACGCUGCAAGCAGCUGAAAGUUCUUCCAAUGGUUCAUGCUGAAAAUGGACAUCUGAUUGACAUUAAAUCUAGAGAAUUACUUCAGCAGGGCGUCACAGGUCCGGAAGGACACUUACAGAGUCGGCCAGAAGAGUGUGAAGUGGAGGCAACCACACGGGCCAUUACAAUUGCUGAUCAGGCUGGAGCUCCACUUUAUGUUGUCCAUGUCAUGGGAAAAACUGCAGCAGACGUCAUAUCUAAGGCUAGGAGGGAAGGUAAGAUUGUAUUUGGAGAAACAUUAGCUGCAUGUCUAGGCACAGAUGGAACUCAUCACUUCAACAAAUGUUGGCGCCAUGCAGCCGGCCAUGUUAUGUCUCCACCACUCCGUGAUGAUGUAUCCACACCUGGGGUGCUCAUGGACCUUUUGGCCAACAAUGAUCUUCAACUGACUGGCUCAGAUAACUGCACGUUUAAUGCUAAUCAGAAAGCUCUUGGCAAGGAUGACUUCACCAGGAUUCCUAAUGGAGUUAAUGGUGUCGAGGAUAGAAUGUCAGUCAUUUGGGAGAAAGGAGUGUACUCUGGCAAGAUGGAUCCAUGCAGAUUUGUGGCCGUCACUAGCACAACAGCUGCUAAAGUUUUCAACAUCUAUCCAAAGAAGGGGAGAAUAGCCGUAGGUUCUGAUGCUGAUAUCGUCAUCUGGAAUGGUGAAGCUACUCGCACUAUCAGUGCCAAAACCCACCACCAGGCUGUUGAUUUUAACAUCUUUGAGGGCUUAACGUGUCAUGGAGUGCCUGAAUAUGUCAUCACUGGCGGCAGUAUUGUCAUGGAUGAAGGCCAGCUGAAAGUAACCCAAGGACUUGGCAGAUUUGUUCCCACUGCACCCAACUCUCAAUAUGUGUUUGGCCGUGUGAGCACCAGAGAUCAGGUGCUUGCACCCCAGGUUGUGGACAGAGAACCCUACAGUGGCCCUGUAGUGGAGAUCAAACCUGAAUAUGCACCAGUUAUUAGUCGGCAUGCAGACAAUCAAAUCUUCCCUGACCAUUCAGCUGAAUUUCACAACAGGCCACCUACUCGUGGUGGUGUGCGCAACAUGCAAGACUCUUCAUUCUCACUCAGUGGUCACCAAUAUGAUGAUAACCAGCCUAAGCGAUCGGGAACAAAGGUUUCACACCCUCCAGGGGGGAAAUCAACAGCAUUUUGGUAA